CAGGUACAUUUCCUACCCGGACCAAUCCGAUCUUCCCUUGGUCUUUUUUUACUUCGUAUGAUGAACAUAGGGAUUUCUUAACUGACUGACCCCUUUGUCCACCAAGGUUCUCUUUCAUACAAGGUACCUAAGUUCUAUCUGCUUCGGGGAUUACUUACAAUACUUACAAAGGAGGUACCGUACUUCGCGUCGUGAACAUGAAGCUCAAGGGAACCCGGGAGGCGAGUCAUGCGGAUAGCUGGUACGACGGGAAUCCGAAUAGCUUAUCCAGCCAGCUCGACAGCUUCCUCGGUGAUGUCCCAAGCUCUAUCGACGACAGUGGUCUCCCAAUUCCUGGUGCCAAAGUCGUGAUCGCACCGCAUGCGGGCUAUUCGUACUCAGGACCCUGCGCAGCCUGGGCGUAUAAGUGUCUCGACCUCAGCAAAGCCAAGCGAGUCUUCAUCCUGGGGCCUUCGCACACGUACUAUCUCCGCGGAUGCGCCCUUACCAAGUUCGCCAAGUACGAGACGCCCUUUGGCGACCUGACCGUCGACGAGCAUGUCGUCCAGCAGCUGUGCGACACGGGCAAGUUCCAAGACAUCCCCAGCCGAGGAGACGUAGACGAGCACUCGCUCGAGAUGCACCUCCCGUUUCUCUACAAGCGGAUCACGCAGACGUUCGCCUCCGAAGCCGAGUACCCUACCAUCGUGCCCGUACUCGUCGGGGAUAACAACGGGCCGGAGGAGAAGGCGUUCGGCGAGCUGCUGGCGCCGUACCUGCGAGACCCGGACAACGCGUUCGUCGUGAGCUCCGACUUCUGCCACUGGGGGUCGCGGUUCAGCUACACGGCCUACGCGCCGGAGGGAAAGGUCGACGAGCUGCAGUCUCUGAGCCGCAGAACGCCCAAGCCGACGAACCCGCCUAUACACGAGAGCAUCAAGCAGGUCGACCAGCUGGCCAUGGACGCCGUCGCAUCGGGCGACCACGACAAGUUUGUCGGUAACCUCCGACGCACCAAGAAUACCGUCUGCGGACGCCACCCUAUCGGCGUGGUGAUGGCGGCCCUGGAAGCGCUAGCGGAGGAGAAGCCGGACCCGGACAAGUAUCGGUUCAAAUUCGUGCAGUACCAGCGCAGCAGCUUGGUGGAAGAUGUCACAGACUCGAGCGUGAGCUACGCGUCUGCAUACGCGAUCGUCUGAUAGACGAUAAAGAAAGAGAAUAAGAAUUUGGGGAAAGGGGAUUGAGG